UAUCUAACAAUACUAAUACACACAAAGAAAUGAAGUUACAGAAACAGUCAUGGCGGUUCUUAACUCUCUUAACUACCAAUGCCCCUUCAUUCCCUUAUUAACUAAACCCAAAAACCCUAAUUUCAAUUCUCUCAAGUUUAACCCACAUCAAGCUUCCAGGUUUUGUUUUCCCCGCCGUCGCUGCGUUCUCGUUAAUGGCACGCUCCAAAAUUCUCACCAAAACACUCCAGAAGAAGAUGAUGAAGUUGAUAAUUUAGGGGUUAAAGCUGCUUUAUCCAUGCUCAAAUUCUACAAAAGGGAAAUAUCGCCUGUAAUACCAAAGAGUUGCCGGUUUGUUCCCUCGUGUAGUGAGUACUCAAUGGAAGCAUACAAGAAAUAUGGGGUUGUAAAGGGCACAGUUUUGACAGCUUGGCGUCUUUGCCGUUGCAAUCCGCUUGGUGGGUCAGGAUUUGAUCCUCCAAGGUGGUUUGAUGAGGAAAAACCCACAGAAGAAUGAGAGAUUUGGUUUUGUAUUUCUCUAGUUAUCCACAUCAACAUCUAUGCUUAAUCGUUGAAUUCUUGUUGGAACUUAAAUGAGAACAGCAGCAGUGCAGCUGUGUUUUCAAAAUCUAGUUUAGAGAGGUCACCCUGCUCUAGUUUAUAUUAAUACAGUAAUCAAUCGCCACCCUAGCUUGCUACUGAUUUUUCAUCAUGAGUCCAUUUCACGCUAUUUCUUUCACUUUGACUCACUCACUUUUUCAAAUUCUUCAUUGUUUCACAUUUCACACUUUCAUUUCCUACCAAUCCAUUGCGUAAAAUAGCUUAGAAUAUAAUAUUUCGAAUAUAAUUAAGCAUAUUAUAUUUGAAUAUAUAUAUAUAUAUAUGAAAUAAUUGAGCAUAUUAAAAUAUUAAUUUAUUGAUGAACAAAAUUAACAUUGAUACUAGAAUGUAUAUAUAUUUUCUUUUUCCUUUUCAUUUCUUUUUACUAAUUUCUAUUUUAGGUUUGGUGGAUAUGUUGCCCGCUUGGUUUCCUCCUCGAGGAAAGCUCUUCGGUGUGGUCUUUUGGUAUGUCUUCGUCAAAUCUCGUUUCCGGCCUCUCUUGACCAUUGCUUGUUGGCCCUUUUCCCCCUUUGGGGAAUUUAGGGAUUUAUUUUGUUAUUGCACCUUUUGGUACUUGUUUUGUAGAUUAAGCUGUUUUGGUGCCCUUCUUUGGGUUUCUUGCGAGUACUGCUGGCCCCAAUUUACAUACAGGAGCUACGAUGAAUCUUCGCAUCAAGGGGACCGUAGUUCACACUAAUGAUUAGUGCUCUCUUAAACGAGCAUUCAUCCAUCCUGUGCUAUUGCACUAGAGGUUGUGGCAUGUCAACAAUCAUUCACUGCCUGGCUAGAUUUUCUGUCAGCUUGGCAUGGUAACUUCUGAAAUGACAUACAUGCUAUUAGGGUUGAGAAAAAAAAAUUGAUUAAAUUGAGAAA